AUGGGAGAAUUAACCUUCUUCCUUGGACUUCAAAUCAAGCAAACACAGAAAGGAAUCUUCAUUAGUCAAACAAAAUAUACGAAAGAACUCAUCAAAAAGUAUGGUAUGUCCAAUGCAAAAGCCAUAGGAACACCUAUGAGUCCGUCGACUACUUUGGAUGAAGAUAGAAAUAGUAAGAGUGUUGAUGAAAUAAUGUAUCGAGGUAUGAUUGGCUCAUUACUCUAUCUUACUGCUAGUCGACCAGAUAUCAUGUUUAGUGUUUGUAAAUGUGCUAGAUAUCAGUCAGCUCCUAAAGAGACUCAUUUGACUGUUGUUAAACGUAUUAUCAGAUAUUUAAUAGGAACAGUCGACUAUGGAUUAUGGUAUGAAAGUCUGGAAAAUUUCAAUCCCAAAGGUUUUUCAGAUGCAGACUUUGCAGGAGAUAAACUUGAUAGAAAAAGCACAAGUGGAACGUGUCAAUUACUUGGAAAAUCCCUUGUAGCCUGGCACAACAAGAAAUAA